AUGUGCAGGUGGUUCGCGUACCUCUCGCCCAGCGAGGAAUGUCUCCUAGAAGACGUCCUGAUAACACCCGACCACAGUCUGGCAAAGCAAGUGCACGACCACUACCUACCCAAACUCUUCUCCCACCUGCCUGGCCAAGCAACGACCAAACAAGAAAUCAACCUCCGCAACCGGCUCUUCAACAUCGACGGCUUCGGCGUGGCAUGGUACACGCCCGUACGAUGCUCAUUCGCGCAGCGCACAACCACGACCAGUGACCCCUCAUCAACCAACACCAGCACCAACAACCUCCGACCGGCGCUCUUCAAAACAUCCUCGCCACCAAUGAACGACGCCAACUUCCACUCCAUCUGCGCGAACACGUCGACCACCGCAGUAUUCGCACACAUCCGGGCCGCGACGGGGUCUACGUCGGUGGCGUCGAUCAACAACCACCCGUUCGUGUUCGGACGGCACACGCUGAUGCACAACGGCAUCAUCGCGAGCUUCAGCGACAUCCGACGCCCGCUGCUCGACCUGCUCUCCAAGGCCGCCUUCGAGGGCGUCCACGGCUCCACCGACUCGGAGCACCUCGCCGCCCUGUACAUGACGUACUUGACCGGUGGCGGCGGUGGCGGCAUCGAGUCCUGGGAGCGCCAGUAUUCCGUGCAGCAGAUGCGCGACGCCCUGCUCGCCGCGUAUCGCAAGGUCGUCCAACUGCAGCAGGCCGCGCUCGGCGUGGACAAUGUCCAGGCCAAUAGUCUGAAUGUCUGUGUUACCGACGGUGCGCAGCUGGUCGCCUUCCGACUCAGGAAUCAUGCUGUCGAGCAGCCUCCCUCGCUGUACUACUCGACCAUGGCCGGCGUCACGUUGAAUCGUAAGUAUCCGGAUCUGCCCGCUGGUGGUGCCAAUCCGGAUGCUGUCAAGAGUAGUGCGGAGCAUGGCCGCCACGUUGUUGUUGCGAGUGAGCCUACGACUUACCGGGUCGAGGACUGGAUUUUGAUUGAGAAGAACCAUGCUUUAUUGGUCGAUGCCGAGGGGAACUGUGUUGUCGAGGACAUCGAGCCUCCAUCGGAGCUGCUGGCAUUGGCGGCGACUGGUAAUCAUUUUUGA